CGCCCCGCCCCGUCCGGCGCGGCCUGGCUCACUCGGUUCUCCUGGCCCCCCCGGACCUUAGACUACGGCCUCACCACCUCUCCGGUCCGGUCAUGGGCCCGGCCGAUCGCCCGGCACUGAGGUCGCCAUCUUCGCCGCCCCCUCCCCCAUCGCCGCCGCCGCCGCUGCUGCUACUGUUGCCCCUGCUGCCUUUGUGGCUGGGCCUGAUGGGUCCCGGAGCCGCGGCGGACGGCAGCGAGCCGGAGGCCCGGGCUGGGCGGGGCGGAGCCCGCGCAGUGCGGGUGGAUGUGAAGCUGCCGCGGCAGGACGCCCUGGUUUUGGAGGGUGUCAGGAUCGGUUCCGAAGCGAGUCCGGAACCUCUACUGGGCGGCCGCCUGCUGCUGAUGGAUGUCGUGGAUGCUGAGCAAGAGAUACCCGCAGAUGGCUGGAUUGCAGUGGCAUAUGUGGGCAAAGAGCAGGUCGCCCAGUUCCACCAGGAGAAUCAAGGCAGUAGCCAGAAGGCAUAUCCCAAGGCUCUGGUCCAGCAGAUGCGCCGAGCCCUUUUCCUGGGAGCCUCUGCCCUGCUUCUCCUCAUCCUAAACCACAGUGUGGUCCGAGAGUUGGACAUAUCCCAGCUCCUGCUCAGGCCAGUGAUUGUUCUCCAUUACUCUUCGAAUGUCACCAAGCUGUUGGAAGCGCUUCUGCAGAGGACCCAGGCUACUGCUGAGAUCAGCAGUGGAGAGUCCCUUUCAGCCAACAUCGAGUGGAAGCUGACAUUGUGGACCACCUGUGGUCUCUCCAAGGAUGGCUACGGUGGCUGGCAGGACUUGGUGUGCCUGGGAGGUGCUCAAGCCCAGGAGCAGAAGCCCCUGCAGCAGCUAUGGAACGCCAUCUUGCUUGUGGUCAUGCUCUUGUGCACAGGCCUUGUGGUUCAGGCCCAACGGCAGGCAUCAAGACAGAGCCAGCAGGAGCCUGGAGGCCAGGAGGAUUUGUUCAAACGCCGUGUGGUUCGGAGACUAGCAUCCCUCAAGACCCGGCGCUGCCGGCUGAGCAGGGCAGCACACAGCCUUCCAGAGCCUGGUGCUGAGACUUGCGCUGUCUGUCUUGAUUACUUCUGUAACAAGCAGUGGCUCCGGGUACUGCCCUGUAAGCAUGAGUUCCACCGAGACUGCGUAGACCCCUGGCUGAUGCUACAACAGACCUGCCCACUAUGCAAGUUCAACGUCCUGGGGAACCACUACUCAGAUGACUAACUCCCCAGUGGAGAGUCUGCACUUCGGGAUGGACCUUUCCCAGCCUAUACUACAGGAGAGUGGGAUGGGCAGACCAGCUAGCCCUGUGGGCAAAGGAAAGGUUCCCACCAUGCCCAUGAUGGAUAGGAGGGACUCACACCUCCAGGCUGAAGACACAGAGCCAGGACCCAGCAAGCAAGGAGAAAUCAUUAGAGCCCUUCUCUGCAAACCUGGGGUAUUGUGUCUGUCCUCAUAGGCAGCUCCCACAACUCUGGGAAAGAAAAUAUGGCCACUACAUCUGUCCACAGCACUCUGGAGCUUCGGUGUUGAAUUUUAUGCUAUUUAUUGGGGGAGAAUAUGUGUGGCCAUGGGACCCACUGGCAUGACCGUGUCUUUCGGGCCAUGGCCUGAUCAAAUCAAAGAUGACGUUAAAGUGAGCCUGCUCCACUCCCUGCUGCCCGUCCAGCUGGAUUCCUCCAGUCUGGCUGGGAUCAGAGGCCUUAGAAACCAUCUAGUGCUGUAUUUCUUGGUUGGCCUAAAUGUUACUGCAGGAUACUUGAGGCCACAGAAUACAUGUGGUGCAUCUGCCAAGGGCAUCAUUACAAGAAAAAAACAAAAACACAAAAACAAAUGUUUGGGUAGGGAAGUUUUAAUAGUAAAAUAAACAUGGAAUAUAUUUUAACAUAAGACAUAAA